UUGUAUCCACACCACCGCUUCAGCAGGACGGAGAGGGGACACCACAGGUUUAGAGGUAAUAAAAUUGUUAGAUACGACAAAAUUAAUCAAUUAAUGGGACGGUAGAGUUGAGCUUUGCAUCGAGGAACCACAUACUCAAGCCAGUCACAGAAAGAUUCUCCGAAUUUGCAUCUUCUGCCUCGCGCCAGGACUACUGCAGCCAUGAUUCCUGAUCAGUAUCUGAUCGAAUGCCCCAUGGAUCCUGAGAGUGAUCAGAAAUUUCUACAAAAUCCUGCAGUGUACACCGAAGCCCCCGGAAAUCUGGAUGCACGGGACCCUCGUGGGAUCAACAAGCACCUAAAGGUAGACUUCUCGGAUGUCCUAGCGGAACCGGACUCGUUUCACAGCUUUGACAAAGUCUGGACCUGGAGUGACAUCUUGUUUGAAUCAUCUAAGCUGUGGUGCUACCGAGUCAUCUCCCUCCUCUGUGCCGUUCCCGUGUCCCUGGUCUCCGGAAUACUGUUUGCUCUGCUGGGUUGUAUCCACAUCUGGUGUGCCAUGCCAUGUAUCCAGCUGUGUAACGUCUGUAUGCCCCCUAUCCGGACGCUGUGGGCCAGUAUACUGGACGUAUGCCUAGCUCCUCUCUGUACCAGCCUGGGCCGUUGCUGCAGUUUCAUCUACGUAAAUGUGGCAAAGCAGCGGGUGUAACUGACCGCGAAUCAACUGAUCGGCACAAGUGGGGAUCAAAAGUAACAUAUGUUUAAAAAAAAAGCAGUUCUAGUGCAAAGCAUUCUGGGACCAGAAUCGG